UUGCCCAAGGCAAUUAACCCUAACCGAAGAAUCCUCCUCCCGGAGUCCGUCUUCAUCGGCUCUCCUUCUACCUCUCCUUGGUAGUCCUGAUGAUUAACCCGGCGACGGCGACGGCGACGGCAACGGCGGCUCCUCAUCAACUGUCGAGAGUGAGCCCACAAACAGUGGAAAAAGCCAUAAGCGCAUUGCUGAAAUGGAGAGAUUCAAAAUCGAAAAGCCAAAACCCCCAACUCCUCGAGCAGGACGAUUUCAUAUAUCUAAUCGUCACGCUUAAGAAAAUCCCACAGACAGGUCGAACUAACCCCCAUAAAAUUCUCCUCCCUCACCCCCCUAUCAGCACCAUUGAAGAAACCUCCGAGUUCUGCCUCAUUAUUGAUGAUCGCUCCAAGUCCCGUAUUACCAAGGAUGCUGCCGUCAAGAAAAUCAAAGCUGAUAACAUACGGAUCAGCAAAGUCCUCAAGCUCUCUAAAUUGAAGACCGAUUAUCGUCCCUUCGAAGCUAAAAGGAAGCUCUUAGACUCUUAUGACGUCUUCUUUGCAGACAAAGGAGUGAUUCCGCUUUUGCCGAGGUUAUUAGGGAAGCAAUUUUUCAAGAAGAAGAAGAUUCCAUUGCCUGUUGAUUUGAAGCAGAAGAACUGGAAGGAGCAGAUUGAAAAGGCUUGUGCGUCUUGUUUGUUGUAUUUGAGGACAGGUACUUGCUCAGUAGUCAAGGUAGGAAAAGUCUCUAUGGGAGUUAAGGAGGUAAUGGAGAAUGUCACAGCCGCCAUUGAUGGGAUUGGAGAGAUUGUGCCGAGCAAAUGGGGGGAUAUCCGGUCAUUUCAUUUGAAGUUGUUUGAGAGCCUUGCUUUGCCGAUUUAUCAAACUGUGCCUGAUUUGAGGCUAAAAAUUGAAGCUUCUUCUUCGAAAGAUGAUGAUGAUGAUGAUGAUAAGAUGGAUGAGAGUAUAUCCAGCAAGUUGAAAAAGAAGGGGAGGAUACAUGAAGUUCGAUACAUGGAUAGCGGUAUACCUCAAGUACUUUCUGAAGAUGAAUUCCGGGAUGAAGAGGAAGAUACUGAAAAUGAUGCAAUGGAUGGUGCUGAAGUUGGGGGUGAGAAGAGGAAGGUGAAAAAUGAGAAACCAUUCAAGAAGAUGGCAAAAAUGAAGAAAGGGGAAGAAGAUGGAGUGAAGCAAAAGGAGAAACUGAAAAUGGGGAGGUGAUUCUGGUGGGAGGGAAGCUCAGGAGAGAGGAUUAGAAGAGGAAAUUUCAGAGCUUGUUAGCCAUUUGAAUUAUCAAGUAUGUUCGGUUUGUUCUGUAGCGAUUUUGGCAUCCAUGUUUUGAUUUUAGUUCUGAUUUUCUUUAUGGGUUUGGUUUUGGUUACUACACUGUAAAUUACAAUUUACCAUGAAUCAUACUCAAAUUUUUCUUAGUACUAAAUUUAA